CAAUAAACUGGUAAAUAAACAAUAAAAAGAACCAACAUUUUUCAUAUAUUACUGUUAUUUGGGCUAGAGAGAGAAAAACACAGAAAAUAGGAGAGAGAAACAGAGUUUUUCUUUGCUUUUUGAGUCUCCCAAAGAAAUGAACUUGCAGGAGCUGUGAAUAUGCAGCAGCAGAUGAAGCAGGAUCCCUUGUUGUUUUGUAGUCAGAAAAUUAAACUAAAAAUCAUAAUAAAAAAAUUAAAAUUUUGGGGACCUUUCUUUUACUGUCAAUGUCAUUUUCUUUAUUUUUCUAGGUUUGCUUUUUUGUAGAACUUGUACAGGUCUAUUUUCUUAGCUUUUUUUUUUAUACAUAAAAAAAUUUACCUUUAUUUUUUACAGAAAAUGUAAUCCCUAGUGUAAAAACUAAAAAGCUUUUUUCUUUGAAUUGACUGUGAAUAGAGUUUAUAAAAGAGAGAGAGAGAAAACUUGUGUGUUCUGCUGUUAUGAAUUAUCAUCCUGCAUAAACAUUUAUGAAAACCUAAAGGUUUUUAGUACAGUUUCUUCUCUGAUGAAAUCUUUAGGGUAUUGCCCAUUAGAUAAUCCCUCAUACUGAUCAUUCACCCAACUGUCUUAAUGUCCUUUUUAUUCUUGUUUUUUAAAAAUUUAUUACGAAAGAAAACCGAGAUGGAUUACGUGAGCCAUUCUUUGGGGUGAAAUAUAACAUCAUAAGGUUUUGUUCAUCCUAGUUAUUGGACAUUUUACAUUUAUUUGAACCCUCAUUUCUUAUUUAUUCACAAAAAAAAAAGAAGGCAGGUUCAUUUCUUUUUGAGACCCCACAAAACAAAAGUGGGCAAAGUUAGAUUCCCACUUCUGAUGAGCUUCUCCUCUUUCUUCUAAUUUUUGCUCCACAGAUUUGGUUCUUUCCUUGUAGAAUCUUUGAUGAAGCUGACAUGUUGAUGUUUUUAGAAAUUUCUCUCAUAUGAAAGCUUUUUGUUACUUUGAAUUUUUUUUGCUGAAAAUAAAUUAAAAAAAAUAUCCUAUUUUGGUGAAAAACAUGGUUUCACAAGAUACACAAAGCAACCCUAGUCCUAGUUGUUCAAGUAGUCUACACCAGUUUAUAGUAUCAAACCCAAUUUCCUCCCAAACCCAUUUUGUGAACCCACAUUUUGAUGCUUAUGGUUCUAGUAACCCAUAUCCAGAUCAUAAUUCUCUUGGUAAUACCCAUUUCCCUACAAUUCAGUCUCUUGGAGAAAGAAUGUCAAGAUCAAUAAACCUUGUUAAUCAGAUAGAUCCUGAUGAUCAUUCUGAUGUAAGUCAUACUAGACAUUUCAUGGACCUUCUUGGAGCUCCAAGUGAGCCCACCCAUGGUUCCAAUAGGCUUUCUCUUUCGCUGGGUUCUCAAGUUCUUCACUCUCCUCAGUAUAGGCAGAGAACCUUUAGCUCAGAGCUUAUGCAACAAGCUUACAGUAACUUGGUUAAUUCUUCUGGUGAUGAAGAAAGUUGUAACCCAGGGGACUAUUCUUUCAUGGGGAACACCUCGUUUACCGCUUUUUCUGUUAGUAAUUCGAUGUACUUGAAGCCUGCUCAAUCCAUUCUUGAACAAGUGAUCGAUCUUGGAAGCAAAGAUAUCGAAUUAAGCGAUGUAAAGAGGUUGUUUAUGAGUAGCAGAGGACUCUGUGCUGAACUCAGAGAAGAAUUGAUGAAUAAUAGCUUUGAUUCAGCUGAUAAACAUGACCUGCAAAUCAAAUUUUCAAAGCUUAUCACUUUACUAGAACAGGUGGAAGGGAGAUAUGAUGAAUAUUGUCAGAGGAUGGAAGAUUUAAUUUCAUCAUUUGAAGUGUUAGCAGGAGAAGGGGCAUCAAAAUGUUAUACUGCAUUAGCCUUACAAGCAAUGUCAAGGCAUUUUUGUAGCCUAAGAGAUGCAAUAGUAACCCAAAUUAAGGUUACUAGGAAAAAAAUAUCACCUGAGUUGCCUAAGCUUGGAAGUGGGUUAUCCCAUUUAAGUUUGUUCGAUCGAAAUAGUAACAGCAGGUUGUCCCUACAACAGAUUGGUCUGAUUCAAGGAGCUCAUCGACAAGCAUGGCGUCCUAUUCGAGGCCUUCCUGAGAACUCGGUGAUCAUUUUACGUGCUUGGCUCUUUGAGCAUUUCCUUCAUCCAUACCCAAAUGACUCUGAGAAGCUUACCUUGUCAUCACAAACCGGGCUUACUAAGAAUCAAGUUUCGAAUUGGUUUAUAAAUGCAAGGGUAAGAUUGUGGAAGCCAAUGAUUGAGGAGAUGUACAAAGAGGAAUUUGGGGACACUUCAGUAGAUUCUUCAGGGGAAGGUCAUACUGAAAAAACAGAAGAUCAGUGAGAUGAUGUUUUGUUUUAUUGACCUUCAAAUGGUUAGAUUUAUGCACAACUAAAAGCUUUUUGUAAAUGUAUCAUCAACUAGUACUACUUUAGAUGAAAUUAGAGCAUAUUGAUCCUCUUUAGUAUGAGAUGUUGGCACGAGAUUUGAUCGAAUUUUGUACUAAUCUUCUAGUUUUGUAGUUAAUCUUAGAGUGAAGCUUGUAGUCGAUCUUGAA